CGUCGAUUUAAAACCCUAAUUUGCAUACCUGAACUUUCCCUCUCUCGCCCUCCACUCAUUUCAAAGCUUCUACUUGCUGUCUCUCUCCUAUGGCGACGGCGCGUGAAGGAAACCCCUAUGAAGGGGGAGGUUUGGGAGCAGGGGGCAAAUUUCGGAAGCGUCCUUUCCGGAGGACCCAGACGACGCCGUACGAUCGUCCACCGGCGGCCCUCAGAAACCCUAGUACCAGCCGCAAUUAUGGGUGGUUCUCGAAGCUGGUCGAUCCGGCGCAGAGGGUUAUCACCACUGGCGCCCAUAUGCUGUUUUCCUCUGUUUUCCGCAAGCGCCUUCCUGCCCCUCCACCUUCUUCUUCCUCCUCUCCGCCAAGCCCGCUACCUUCAGAAACUGAGCAGGAAGUAAGGGACAAUCGACAGGAAGCUGCUGCCAUUGCUACCAAUGAUACUUCUGUCAAGCAGCAAGGAGCUGUUGGUGAAAGUGGUAAUCAAAUGAAUUGUUCUGAGGGAGGUGGAUUUACUGAGCUUGAGAAACUGCUAAAGCAGAAGACUUUUACCAGAUCUGAAAUUAAUCAUUUGACAGCACUGUUGCAUUCAAAAACUGUGGAUUCACCUGUCACAGAAGAAAAGAAGACUGAAGUGGCUAGAUCAGAUCUUAUUUUGUCUUGUGAACAGAAGGAAGCAUCCCCGGCACUAAAAAAUGGGAUUGAAAACUGUCUUGUUUCAACUCCGCUGGUUACGUCGAGUGUCAUUGAUAAGGAUGUUGCUUCCCCUGCAGAGGUUGCAAAGGCUUACAUGGGAAGUAGGCCUUCCAAGGUAUCCCCAUCGAAGUUAAACUCACAAAGUCUUUCUCUUAGGGAGGAUCCAUAUCAUAUCCCUCAAAAAUCCCCUGUUAUGUCCAUUGUGCCAAGGGCUACUAGCCAUGAUAAGCUUCAUGAAAAUGGAUUUGUGACACCAAGAUCUCAAGGCAGGUCUGCAAUAUAUAGUAUGGCUCGGACACCUUAUGCCAGGGUUUAUCCAACUUCAACAACAAAGGCUGUUCGACUUCCAAUUGAAGGUGGGCCUUCAUCUUCAGCUCAAUCUGCACUUGAUCAUGAGUCACUUUCUGGAUCAAAGAAAACAGCAUUAAAACGAAGGAGUUCUUUGUUGGAUAAUGAUAUAGGAUCUCUUGGUCACAUGCGAAGAGUCCGUCAGAAGUCUAAUCUUAUAACUUCCAGAGGCUUGAGUGCAUCUGUUUCGGAUAGCCCUCUAUCUAUUAUUAGGAGUGGAGUUCGUGCUGAUCCUACUCAACAGCCCUCAUAUAUGAUGCAGAAGCCUCUUCUGUUGAAUGAAGCUAGGCAUAGUGAUAAGAAGUUGUCAUCAGAAAAUAUAAAUGACACAAUUCCUGGUACAACUGUUCCCAAUAUAUCCUCCAAAUCUAGUGAGAUGGCCUCAAAAAUACUUCAGCAACUUGACAAGUUGGUGUCCCCUAAGGAAAAAUCUUCUGAAUUAAAGAUGCUAACAGACAAGGAUAACUCACCAGCAAAGUUGUCACCCUCCAUGUUACGGGGACAGGCUCUUAGAAGUAUGGAAACUGUAGAUUCAUCAAAAUUCCUGGAUCACAUGCGCAAUAAUAAUUCUGAUGGUUUGUGUCAGAAUUUGUCAGCUGAUACUAAGUUGAUUUCACCAAAGGAGAAGCUUGAACAUGAUCCAUUUGUUACUUCUGUCGGCUUUUCAAUGCCAAGGAAGGAAAUCGUAUCUAGUGCACAAUCUGUGGAUUCUUCUAUAGUGAAGCCUGUUUCUCAACCUCCACAAAAGAGUAGGGCAUUCCGUAUGAGUGCACAUGAGUAUCUGGAUCUGGAUGAUGAUGCGUAUCCAAAUGGGGAUGUGUCUUCUUUAUCCUCUGAGAAACAAAUGACUGACUCUAGUAAUGCGGCCAAGAAAGCUGUUGCUACUGAAACCGAUACAAAGGAGGUGCCUGCUGCAUCACCUGUGGCAUUCUCACUCACAAGUCCCAAGGCAGAUGGCCAGACUCCUAAUGGUACUGGUGAUGGGUCCUUAGUUGGUGAAAAGGGUGGUUUAUCAACAUCUACAACUACAUCUUCCCCACCUCUGACUUUUAAGCCAGAUGGAGCAACAGGUGCAGCAGCCAUGGAGUCAAUCUUUGGUUCUGGAAAGUCUACUUCACUGAAUGGAUCAGUUGUUGCUCCCCCCUUGUUUAGCUUUGGAAGUAAAGUGGCUUCCUCACCAUCAAAGGAAUCAGGAAAAUCGGGCUUGCUAUUUAAUUUUGGAGAUAAAGUUGUUUCAUCGAAGGAGUCUGUGGCUGAUGCUCCAGUAUUUAACUUUGGUGGCAAUAAAAAUUUUGAUAUGGUCCAGCAAAUGCCUAUGACCUGCUCAUCUUCUGUUGGUGCUGAAUCUGCUAUGAAAUUUGGUGCUGGUUCUGACUCAAAGCUGGGGAACUCCGUCAGCUCAACUGUCACUGGUGUAACUGAAUCUAUGCCAAAAGCUCCUGCAUCCGAUAAUGCUGAUGCCAAGACUGUUGUGAAUUCUGGAUUGUUUGCUAAAUCAUCAGAAGUGGCUGUUUCAUCUGCAGCGUCAGCAUCAUCACUGACACCACCCACUAGUAUAUUCUCUUUCGGCCAAAGUUUAAAUCAAAAUAAUGGCCCUCCUGCUUCAGAAACUUCUUUUUCUACUUUUUCAACAUCUGUUUCAAAUAAUUUUACUAGCCAAAGUAUGUUUAAUUGCUCACCUCUUGGGUCCGACAGCAGCAGUGCUGCCACUGCAGCUUCCUCUAGUAGCAUGACAACUAGCAUCCCCCCUGUCACUUUUGCAUCCAGUACCAAUAGCACUUCCUCCACAGUAGCUGCGAUGUCACAAACCCCGUCCUUUUUCAAAUUUGGAUCCUCUCCCAGUUCGACAACAGAUUUACCUGUGUCUUCUUCUGGAAAGCCGGAUACAGGGUCUGGUACUCUAGGCAGUUCUGCUUUUGGUAGCACAUCAGCUGCUGCUGUUGGGCCUGCAGGGAACAGCAUUUUUGGGCUCAGUUCCUCGGCAAUGACAACUGUAAAUAGUCAAUCUCAGGGUUCUUUAUUUGGUUCAAGCACAUCUCUGGCUGGUGCCCACGGCUCGGCCACAAGUUUGUUUGCAGCUUCUACUAAGAGCCAGUCAAUUCAAUUGGGUUCAACUUCAUCUCCUUUGUUUGGGUUGAGCGGGAAUACAUCUUUUUCUUCAGGGAGUUCAGUCUCACCAUCUAGUUCAGCGACAAAUGUUUUUAGUUCUGGCUCCUCCAUCGGGCUCAGCACCUCUGCUUCCCCUUCAACAGCCAACACCAGUAGCUCUAACACAGGGGCAGCGUCUAGCUUGUUUGGGUCUUCCAGUUGGCAGACCAACAAGUCUCCAUUUAGUUCCUCCUUUAAUUCCUCUUCUGGCUUUUCCUUUGGAGUAUCAAGUGGUUCUGUUUCAUCUACUUCUAGUUCAUCCGUGUUUGGAUCGUCCACUGCUUCUAUUGCUUCAUCUGCUAGCACUCCCAUGUUUGGAUCUUUCACUUCUGUUGCUUCAAGUAGCACACCCAUGUUUGGAUCAUCUGCUGUUGUUGCUUCGACUACCAGCACACCCUUGUUUGGAUCAUCCGCUGCUUCUGUUUCUGCAACUACCAGCACAGCCAUGUUCAGUUCAUCAACUGCUUCUGUUUCUACCACUACCAGCACACCUGUGUUCGGAUCAUCCGCUGCUUCCGUUGCUUCCACUACCAGCACACCCUUGUUUGGAUCAUCCACUAGUGGCACACCCAUGUUUGGAUCAUCACUUGGUGCAUCAUCGAGUCCCAUUUUCUCAUUUAGUUCAUCUGCAACGACUACUUCCACACAACCUGUUUUUGGUAAUCCUAGUCCUGGCUUCUCAUUUGGUUCAGCUGCUAACAAUGAUCAGAUGAGUAUGGAAGACAGUAUGGCAGAGGACCCAGUUCAAUCAUCUUCCCCUCUGACUCCUGCGACUCCUGCAUUUGUUCAACAACCUGCCCCGCCUCAACCAAAUUUUGUUUUUGGAGCACCAUCUUCAUCGGGAACUAAUCCCUUCCAGUUUGGAACUCAGCAGAAUAUUCCUCCACAGAACCCAUCCCCAUUUCAGGCUUCUGGCAGUCUAGAAUUCAAUGGUGCAGGGAGUUUCUCAUUAGGAACUGGUGGUGGUGACAAGUCUGGUCGUAAAUUUGUGAAAGUCAGUAAAAAUAGGACACGCAAGAAGUAAGACUUGCUCUAUUAAAAUGGUUUUAUUGUUUCACAGCGUUGAUCUGCACUGUGUUCCAUGAGAUAAAUAAUUAAAAACGGUGGGUGGUCACGUAUGUCACUUCAGAUGACAAUCUGGAAUUAAGUGGUGCUAUUGAAGCAAAUCAUAUCCAGGUUUGUUGGUCCUAAACUUUCACUUGUCUCCCGGAUUCUUAUAGAUUGCAAAGGCGCAAGUUUUCACAAUUUUGUUUCACUAUGGACAUAAAUCUUCUGUACUUGUAAUGGCUCGAGUUUGAAAGAUCAAGAUAUGGUCACCUAUGAUGAUCGGUGAGCCCUGUACUGUUGCCUUGUAUUGUAACUAGAAGUAGGUAUGAAUUAUUAGGUUGUAAUUUGCACUUCCCUCCGGGAAUCUGUAAACCGACGAUUUCUUAGUUGUGUCAUUUUGUUUAAUUAUUUGCUGUCUCCGGUAACGGGAAUUUUUGAGACAAUAUGAACAUUUGUCUGUACAAUGUUGAGCUGGUCGUUAGCAUA